CUUCGUGGUUCGUACGUGCUGAGUAUAUUAAAAAGAAGAAUCACCUAAUAACCAAAGCGACGCCGGUUCGAAUCUCACAAAGUAUUUUAGGGUUCUUUAAAAAAAUAUCAAGCUUUUUACAAAUUCGCCUCCUUCUUUCUCGAUCCUCUCAAAAAUCUCCACCACCAAUGAAGCGACGCCGUAACUCCAAACUCAAAUUCGAAGAACCCUCCGACCAAUCCCCGACAACCACGGCGGAUUUCACCUUCUCACUCACCAGAAUCGCCGUCAGUCAAAUCUGCCAAUCUACUGGAUACAAAUCCGCCGAUUCAUCCGCUCUCAACACUCUAACCCAAAUCACAGCCAAAUUCUUACAAUCCCUCGCCGGACUCGCUUCGUCGUUCUCGAACGCCGCUAAUCGUACGGAGGCUAAUCUCUUCGACAUCGUCAACGGCUUACAAGACAUCGCUUUAUCCACCUCCGAUUGUUUCCCCGGCGGCUCUACCGUCCACGAUAUUGAAUCACAGUGUUUGAUCAAAUCCGCUGUUCUCCGUAACCUCUCCGAUUUCGUCAAGUAUGCUCCUGAGAUCCCUUUCGCUAAGCCGUUACCGAAGCCGGAAAGAAACGGAUCAUCGGGAAGAGAUUUGGAUCACGCGGCGGUGGAGGUGAAGUAUGUUCCAGCUUGGCUUCCGCCUUUUCCUGACGCUAGUCUCUACUCCGAUCGGUGUACCAAGAUUGAUAGAUCUGAAUAUCAUCACUUGUGGGAAAACUCUGAUUCCGUUACUGAUCGUGAGAGUUUGAAAUCUAAGAGUUUUAGAGGUGGUAGAAGCGCCGGAAAAUUACCACAGAGGAGAGCGAGAGUUAGAUUCAAAAUGGAACGAGAUAAUAGUAUUGGUGGUGGUGGACCUGGUGGUGGUGAUACCAGAAUUGAGAGGUGGCGGGAUAAUGACGGUGGUGAAUCUGGCCGUGAUGUUGAGGUGAAGAAGAAAAUUAUAGAUGAAUAUUUUUACAGUGCCGGCGAGUGGCCGAUUUAAGUUUAAAAAUAAUACAAACCCGUGAGACGUGUAAGAUGGAUUCGAACCGGAGACGUUUUGAGGAACCGUGCACUUUGCUAAUUGGUGUUAUACCGCACGAGCUGCAUCUCUGAAAGUUUCAGCGCACCAGUUGCUGUUUUUAUAUACUAUUGAUAUUGUGGUUACUAUAUUUUUUAUACUAUUGAUAAUAAUUUGAUAGUAUGGUUAUUUUCAUACUAUUGAGCACUUGAUUAGGUGUUUCUAUUAAAGAUUAGUUUGUUUCA